AUUACGAAAUUAGAUUAAAAUAACAUAUAUCUGUUCAGGUAGCGCUGAAGUACUCGAUCUAGGUAAUAAAUUUUCUAUGAUAAAUCAAUUAAAAUACUUUGUCUACCCAAUCAUUUAGUGAAAAUAUUAUCUUUUGCGCCGACACACUAUCAGUAAUUGCUAUCAACGGCUAUCAACUUUAGUAGAUUGAAUGUUUUCGUAAAAUGUGUUGCGAUCGGACUGUGAGAAUUUUAUUUCUUGCUUAUGUCGUGACCAAUUGUGCCAUAAUAUAGUCAGUGAUGGUUUAUUUCAUGUUUAUGUUAUUUUUGGCUACAUCUUUUGCGGAUUCAGAUUUUAAUUACGAUAUUUUAAAUCAGAAACCCUGGCCGGUUUCGGAACCGUGCCAGAAAAUUCCUACUCAGUGUGAAGAAUCCGGUGAUAGCGAAGAUGACUAUUGUUCAAUAUAUAAUGAAACCUCUAAUCAAUGGGAGGUGCACGUUGCUGUGGUAUUGCCGAAUUCCAGUAAUUAUAUUGCCAACACAGAAAUGGCAAUAAACAUCCUACAUCAAGUGGAAAAGGAUGUUAAGAAUCUUGGCAUCUUGCCAAAUGAAUUCAACGUUCAUUAUUAUCCACACGAUGAUGGAUGUAACCAAGGUAAAGCUUCAGGAGUAAUUGUGCAAGCUUUACAACAACAAAAAUGUUUCCAUCUCAUCAUUGGUCCAACAUGUGAUUAUUCAGUAGCAACUGUUGCACGGAUGGCACAAUAUAUAAAAAUUCCUACAUUAACACCUACAGGAUUGAGUUUUGAUUUCACAGACAAAAAAACAGAAUUUGGUGACGAAGUUUAUUUUUUAAUUAAUCCAGGGAAAGCUGAUUUCCGAGCGUUCACAGAAUUUUAUCACCUUAUACAUGAUAGAUAUAAGUGGACAAAAUUAGUUUUCAUGUACCAAAAAAAUGACCAGCAGGAAGUGAGUGGAUCAAAGGCUUGUUAUCUUUGCAUGACUAAUUUAAUGAAUGAAUUGAAAAGUAGCAAAGCAGAUUACGUAGAUGGAGAUCUUGACAAUUUAGGACAGAAUUAUACAGAAUUCUUAACAAACAAAGUGGGAGUAGAUUAUGGAAUUAUAAUAACUUGUGGAUCUCAUAAUAAUGUCAGAGAUAUGAUAAUAGCAGCAGCCAAAUUAAAUAUGAUGAGUAGAGGAGAAUAUACUUUCUUCAAUAUAGAACUAUAUAAUAAUGCUGAUGAACCAUCAAAACCAUGGUAUAAAGAAGGAGAUACUGAGGAAAAUAAUGAAUUCGCUCGUAUAGGUUACCAAUCCGUCUAUAGUUUUUUGCCUCUAGCAGAAACUGAUUUUGAAUUAGUGAAAAAAACGGGAAGAGGAAGAAUUUGGCUUGACGGUAUUUACGAUGGAAUGAUGAUGUAUUUUCAAGCUCUCUCUAAUUAUACUGAUAAUUUCCCCCUCAUUUCCACUGAUCCAAACGUCAAUAUUGUAGGAUGCAAAAUGCUGGAUAAAAUGAUGGGAAAAUCAUUUUUAGGAAGAAAUGGAAAAAUGUUUCAAAUGAAUUGUAAUGGUGUCAGAACACGUGAGGUUGCUCUGGUUCAUAUGAAUUCCUCUGGAGGCUAUGAAAUUGUAGGACUAUAUAACACAUCAUAUAAAUUAAUAACAACUUGGACUGUGGAUGAGACUUUUAAGCAAAUAUUUGAUACCCCAAAAUGUGGAUUUGAUUUAUCAAAAUGUCCUACAUUCGAUGUUGUCAAAAUAUUGGUAGUAACGUUAGUUGUGGUAAUCAUAUUGGGGUUAUUGGUAGUUGCACUAAUUUUUUAUAGACAAAUCAAAUUAAGACGUGAAAUUGAAGCUAAAGCUUGGAAAGUUAAGCAUAGUGACAUAGUAUUUACUCCAAGUAAAUCGCGGGCUAGCAUCUACUCGUCGACUUCUCUAAAGGCAGAUCUUGAUGGCUUCAGUUUAGCAGGCGACAGACAGACAUAUGCGAUCGUAGGAUUUUACAAAGGAAACCGCGUAGCGGUGAAAUAUCUUCAAGAACAAAAGAUUGAAUUGACUCAUCAAAAUCUUUAUGAACUCAAAGUGAUGAAGGACUUGGCUCAUGAUAACUUAGUAAAGUUUUACGGUGCGUGUUUGGACAUACCGAAUUGUCUAUUAACUGAAUAUUGCUCUAGAGGCAGUUUGCAGGACACUUUAGAAAAUGAGAACUAUAAACUAGACUGGACGUUUAGAAUCUCUCUAAUAAUGGACUUGGUUAGGGGUAUGCAUUAUUUGCACCGAAGUCCUAUUAAAUGUCAUGGGGCGUUAAAGUCCACGAAUUGUUUAGUUGACAGCAGAUUUGUGUUGAAAAUUGCGGAUUUUGCAUCACCAUUUUUGAGACCUUAUACAAAUGAGGAUAAUUUCAAUGUGGAUGCCCACUCAUAUUGGCAAAGACAACUAUGGACAGCUCCAGAGCUUUUGAGAGAAGGUACGACUUCUUUCAGAGGAACGCAAAAAGCAGAUGUUUACUCUUUUGGAAUCAUUCUUCAUGAGAUCAUUAUGAGGAAAGGUGUGUUCUAUCUAGGCUACGAUAUUGAUGCAAAACAAAUAUUGGAAACCGUGAAAAAAGGUCCGGAGGCUAAUAACGGAGAACCGUUAAGACCAGUUCUAGGUCCAGGAGCUUUAUGCGAAGAAGAUGAAGUGGAACAGCUCAUGCGAAAAUGUUGGGCGGAAGAUUCUAUUGAUCGUCCAGAUUUUGCUACACUUAAAAAUAAGCUACAUCAACUCAACAAACAGGAAAACGGAAAUUUGCUGGACAAUCUCUUAGCGCGUAUGGAGCAGUACGCUAAUAAUCUUGAAACGCUCGUAGAUGAAAGAACAAAUGAUUACUUAGAAGAAAAGAAGAAAUGCGAGCAAGUUCUUUAUCAGCUAUUGCCAAAAAGUGUCGCCGAGCAACUUAUUAGAGGUGAACCUGUUAACGCAGAGUACUUCGAUUCCGUCACUAUAUAUUUCAGUGAUAUUGUGGGAUUUACCCAACUUUCUGCAAGCAGCACCCCUCUUCAAGUCGUUAAUUUGCUCAAUGAUCUAUAUACUUGCUUUGACUCAAUCGUUGGAGGAUUUGAUGUUUACAAGGUGGAAACAAUUGGAGAUGCUUACAUGGUUGUGUCUGGCUUGCCAAAAAGAAACGGCAAUUGUCAUGCCAGAGAAAUUGCACGAAUGUCCCUGGCUUUGUUAAACGAUGUUAGGAAAUUCCAAAUACGUCAUAUCCCUAAUGAACCAUUGAGACUAAGGAUUGGAAUUCAUACAGGACCUUGUGUGGCAGGUGUUGUUGGAUUGAAAAUGCCGCGUUAUUGUCUUUUUGGUGACACUGUGAAUACAGCAUCCCGAAUGGAAUCCAAUGGGGAGUCUCUUAAGAUACAUUGUAGCCAAGUCACUAAGGAUAUUCUGGACACAUUUGGAACUUUUGAAUUGGAAUGCAGAGGUCCUAUCGAUAUAAAGGGUAAAGGUAUAAUGACGACAUAUUGGCUGAAAAGAGAACGUAUUCCAAAAGUAACAACUCAUCCUGGGCCGGCUAUGGAAAAUAAAUCUACAAAAAUUCCUUCAACGCCCCUUCCUCCUAACGUCAGAAGAGAAAUGGCUAACAAAAUCACAUACGUGUCAAAUUCUCGAAUACCAGAGAACUCUGAUGAUGCUGGGGUACCUCUACUAGCAGUUACCACUUCUAGUGACACCGACUCCCAUGCUUAAACCUUAUCUAACCCCAAUCAGUGGUAAUCGUUAUCGACAUAAAAUGUAAGAGGUAAGCUAUGUUAUGAUACCUGUGAAUUAAAUGGCCGUAAAUAUUUUAAAUCGAUAUGGUUACGUUCGGUUCGGAAGAUUUAACAAGAUUUGGUAUAGCAUCUAUUUUAUUUUUAUUUUUAUUUUGUAUUUGUAUAUAUACAUGUCUUGAUCUCCUUACCUCAUUAAACAAUUAUAUGAUCAUGCACAGAUAUGACAAUUUCAUUUAAAAGUUGUUUUAUUGGGAUUAAAUACAAUAGUAUUUAAAAGUUUAUCAUUAUUUUAAUGUUGUUUUUUUAGAAAAGUUCCAAUAUUUGCUGCAACAUAGGUUAAUUUCCUGACUAUUGAUUAUUAAAUGACAAACGGAAUAUGUCGGCAAUUAUUCUCGAAUUUCUUUUGUAUUUUAAAUUUGUUUUUCGAUAAAUUUAUAUGGGACAAUAUUAAAUCCAACAGUAUUCAAAUGUAAUUUCAGCAAAAUAUUGAAGUUACACUAAGCGAAAUGCGUAAACACGUGUAGCUAUAGGCUAUGGGACGACCUAGAUAUGAAAACCCAACAUAUAUAAGUACAAAAAUCAUAAUUAGAAUUAAUCUGUGACUAAAUCAUUUAUAAUUAUUGUUGAUACAAAUAAAAAGGUAUAUAAUAUAGGGUGAGCAAAAUUUAUUAGGAUUAAAAAAUGAUUAACCUGUUUUUCAUUGUUUGUAGAAAUUAAUCAAAAUGUGACUCUUCCUUUAAAAAUGGAAUUAUGAUAGUAAUUUGAACCCAACCAUAAAAUAUAAUCGAAAGAAACCAAAAACGCUGAUUGUAACGAGAAAGAAAAUACAACAUUAAUCGAAAUGGAAAAAUCGAAUGUAAACAAAACAAAAAAGUGAAUAUAUAACAUAAAAUAGAAAUAUCCGAUAAUAAUGAAACAAAUGAGUAACAAUUGAAGUAGGGCUUGUAAUUUUAACUAUUCACACACACACUUGUAUCCUCGUGGUAAUUAGAUUAUUUAUAUACCUAUGUAGAUAGUUCUUCUCCCUCUUCAGUACAAUAGUAAUGAAUUAUUAGAAGAAAUGAUCGAUUUUUGGUCCAAGUAUUAAAAAAUAUUGUACACCAAUCGGUGACUUUUCACUCCAUUUGUCCCAGAUAUCGCGUAAUACCUUAAACUUGGACUUGGACGUGUUCAACUAAUAUGCAUCUAUUGCUAUGUUACUAAUGAUUGAUUUGAGAAAAUAUUUUAUAACCAUUCUGUUGGAAGUGUAAAUAUAUAAUUGAUCCAAUUUCAAUUUAAAUUCAAAUACAAAUGAAAAAGGUAUGAAGUCACAGAUAAAAUUCUCUUAUAAAUAUAUGCUGGGCAUACACAGGAAAUAUUGAUAUGUAUUUCAAAAUCAGGGAGAAUAACUUUUUUGUGAAGAAAUAGGAAAGGAUUUUUUGUUAUCGUCUCAUUAAAAUGUACAAAUCCACUGAAUAACCGAACGUGACUAUAUAAUAGCCAUUUUUAGAGGUACUAUGCAGAUUCCAUCAUAUUCUCAUUUAGUUGCCAUCAUUUUGUCACAAAAAUAUUUAAAGUGACUCAUACGUGAUGAGUUUAAUUGUAACUGUACGUUCAGAAUGCAAACAUAUUAAUAUAUCGGAAAUUAACAAAGAGUGAGUCAGGUAUAUUUUUAAAUGAGUUGAGUUGAGAUAAAAAUAUACAUUUUCGUGAUUGAACCAACAAAUUCCUUAAAUAUCCACAAGAACAUGAUAUAGAGAAAUUUAUUAAAAUAAUUAAUACAAAUGUUUUACAGUGAUCCGUCAUAAGAUAAAUAUUAUUAUAUUGUUACAACCUCAAAUUGUCUUUUGUACAGUUCGUCAAUAUAAAUAAUAUAUGCGUAAACACGCAUAUACACACAAAAAAAACAAAUAUUUAUAUUAUUUAUUAGAAACAUCCAUUGAAAUUCAACAGAAGCAUCUUGUAGCUGAAAAAAUGCUAAAAUCCAAAAAUAUUUCUACGAGUACAUUUUGAACUUACAGCUGCAAUUUUUAAUCAGUGGUUAGAGCUCACGCUAUAUUGAUUUCAAUAGUAUUUGUUAUGAAAUGAUUUAUAUUAUACAAGGGAAUGUUUUGUUACUCGCAAGGUCAUCCUAAAUAAAUUGUAUUUAUGAAAGGAAGCCGCUGUCCUUUGAAGGAAGGAAUAUUCGGUACCUCAGUUAAAUCACAUUUUGGGGAUACAAAACAAAUUUGUUCAAAUUACUCUCCAGAGAGAAUAAGAUUAAGAAUAUUCGACACCGAACAAUUUAGUUUAAAAGGAAAGUGUCAUCGUUUUCAAUAAGAGGAAACUAACAAGAUAUAGCCGACUGCCAUUCUUGUUAUUCUAGGUACAAUUCAAAAUAGGAUGCCCUUGUUGUGUGAAUAAAAAUAUCUGAUGAAUUUUGUACUCCAAGAUAUUUUCAAGUAUACAAACUACGCAUAAAGAAGUCUAAAAAAACUUGUCGCGGUUUAUUUUUCACUAAAGAGGUUGAAUAUUUAUUUUAAGAAGAAAUUUACUUAAUACAAACAUAAAAAUAAAAUCGAAUACACUUUAGAAAUAACCUGCAAACCUGCAAAGUGUACAAACGUUAAGCAUUAAAUGGAAAAAAAUAACAAGAAGUGACAUAUAAUUAACUUAUACAUAGGGUAUCUCCAGUCCAAGAUUGAUAGCCAUCGUUUUUAUAACGUACAGAUUUUUUUUCCUGUAGAAUAUUUAUUGCUAAAGUGAAGAUAUAAUAGUAGAUACUGGUAUAACAUAAUUCCUUCAAUUCUAAUCAAAAACAAAAUAUUAACUUGGAAAAAAAAUUGAAAAAGUUCGGCAUGGCCAUCUCUCCCUGACCUUCCGGGGGUAAUGAACAAAGAAAAACUAAUUAGGUAUUCUCAAUGCUAGAGUGUUUUUCUGUUUUUUUGCCCAGUUUUCUACACUUUUGAUAGAAGUUACCGUAGUCGUGCAGUCUUCGUGUAACCACAUGUUAUAGUCUUCUUCAUCCCCGAAGCUCAAAUAUUUUCCAAAAUACUCGGUUCCACCUUCGACUUUUUUUGAAAUUUCCAUUUUUUGUCUCCUCAUUGUCCUUUCUUUGUGGUUUUUAUGUGUUCAGCCUUUAUUCUUUCUCUUGGGUUUUCUCUCUAAAAAUGCGCUUUUAACGAUUCAAAAAAGUUUCGUUUCAAAGGCUGAAGAUAAUGUAUAAUAUAGUGGGCAAGCAUAAUGAUGAUGUCAUCAUAUUCUGCAAACUCCAACAUUUCGACUGAAUUUAUUGAAUGAGAAGCAUGCCCGUCGAGCACUAAUAGAAUUUUUCCUUGAGGUUUUCUAGGUAUGAAAUGUUCACACGUCCUCCGAAGAAAACCGCAAUAUUUUUUGCCAUGAUGGGUCCUGGUAGCAGACCAUCCUCUCUCUCUUUUGUUUUUUUAUUUUUUCACUUCAUUACAACCCCAGGCGGUAAAACGUUACCCCAGCAUUGCAGCAAACUACCAAACUGACUGUGGAUUUUUCGGUGGAUCAUACCGUCGACACAGCUUUGGAACCCUUUCUGGCAAGCACUUACUCUACUGUUGAGUUAGAGACCCAUUUCAUCGAUAUUGAACACGCUUUCGGGUUUAGCAAAUAAAGACUUUUGUGCCAUAGUCGUUUCAAGUAAAUCAAAAUAGUCCCCCACUUCCUUUCAUUCAUAGCCGAUUCUCUAGCUAUAGAGACACCUUCUGAUUUACGAAUACUAAAUUCUGGAUGAAGGCAUGAUAACAAAAUAAGCCAAUCAUAACCCGUUUUUCGAAUUCCAUUAUUAAACUUGUGUUUAAUUCUUAGCUGUUCUGCGAAUUGAUAAGCGUUGGUCCUGAUGUCGCAUCUGGUUAAUGGAGAAAUACCUUUUUGUAUAGACAGAACAUGUCGUGAUAGUCUAUGUUCAUUUAUCUCUUCCAAAGACGUUGCUGGGGCCCAUGCUUCCCUUUUGAGAACCGGUUUUUAUUCUACAAUCUAAGUUUUUACGAGGUAUAUUGAAUUCGAUAGAGGCUUUUGAUGAUUAUCUGUGACCACGUACCACGUGUUCGCACAGGUUUUUUUUAUAUACUUGUUUGGCAUCUGCAAAUAAAAUCAUAUAUUUAUGAGCUUACAGUUCCAAAAAUCCAAUAUUUAUUUAGAGGGAAACUAUGACUAUCUUCUCCCUAAAAAGGGGGGUCAGUUCUUCCGAUUGUCCAGUAGAGAUGGCCAUAGUGAGUUUCAAUCCUUUUGACUUGAAAUUCUGUUCAGUAAAUUUCAAAAAUAAAACAAAAUAGAAUAUUAUGAAAUUAAAUUAAAUUUUGAGAAUACUUCACAUAAAAUAUUUCUCUUAGUGGAAUCACACAAAAUUUGAUUACUCACUUUACCACCACGCGCCAACACCUUCUACUAACAAACGAGGCAGAAAAGUCCGUACCAUGGCUUACUCUCUCCUAUCGCAAUCUAUCCUGAAACUUAGCCUAGAUGUAAACGAAAAAGAAGAAAAUAAAGCGGUAAGCUGUGUCUGAGGAAUAAGAAUACCCAAAUUCAAAACAACAAGAAAAGAUAAUUGGAUUUUUAUAAACCAUUGGUGAUAUUCAUACUGAACACAGUGUUCACACUACCAGUAUACUUUCGAUAACCAUAUUUUGUCUUCAGAGAGUGAAACCUUUCCUUGAAACCGGAAAAUUUCACAAAUAAACUAGGAAAUGGGCUGUAGGGAAGAGGCCGUUUGUCUAUAUUGAAACUGUUAUCAUAUUUAACAAUCUUAAUGCUUUCAAAGGCAUCCAAAAAUUGAUUGCUAGAUAUAUUUCACCACAAUUUUACAUUAUUCAUUUCUAUUUCAUGAUCAUGACUGGCACCGUGCUCCGAAAUAACCUAAUUGUCAGUCGGUCCAGAUUUUGAGCAGGCUACGUGCUCUUUUAGCUAGACAUUAACGGACCCCUUAGUCUGCCUAAAAUACUAAAAGAUUAAAGUACAAGAUUUGGAAAGUGUGGAAUUUAUGAAAUUAACUGUUAUGAUUGUAACAGAAAGUAUGUGAGGCAUCAUGGAAUAAGUAUGUGAGGCAUCAUGAAAUAAAUAUUUUUGGAUUUGUUUAAAAGUAUAGAGAUUGUUAAAUGUAAGAGCAGUUUAAAUAAAGUCAAAGGUUCUAUUCCUUGCAGCCCACUCCAUAGUUUAUAAGUGAAGGAAUAAAUGUGAAAUUUUCACCGACUGGAAUUGUUUUUCAUGGGAGGAAGUUCAUUGGUGGUAAAAUUUAGUAUAAAUGAGCAGGUGAAGUUAAUAGUGCAAUCGGGACUGUUGGUGUAGUGGUAGUAUAAAUAGUUUGUUUAGAAAGAUAGAUAUACAAGAAUUGAAAUAGGAUAUGACAAAGUAAAAACAAUAAGAAUGAAUAAAAUAAUGAGAAAGAUCAAACCAUGAAUGAUGACUUUUAAUUUGGCAUAAAGGAUUUAUUGUUAUUUAUAAAGUUUUGCCAAUACAAGCUAAUUUGUCAAAAAUAUGAUUGUCGUAUUCCAUUUAUUUUUAUGAACUUUAAUAAAAAUAUUAUAAUUAGAAGAAAUGCCCGUAUCUUGUGUUACCAUAUUUCUUGUGUCUAAAAAUUGAUUUUCUUGCGUGUAAUAUUUGUAGUCGUAAUAUUUUUAACAUAACCACAACACGGAUAUUUUUAAUAUACGCAAAUAAUGUAGCUCAAUUUUAAAGCUAAUAUUGAUUAUCUCAAUAAUUAUACGUAGUUUGUCUAAUAUUGAAAAAGGAUUAGUAUCAAAGCAUUUAUGGAAUAUAAACAAACCAAAGACAUGUGUACCGAUCAGAUGAAAAUCGAGCUUAGAUUUUUAUUUUCAGAAAAACUAUUUAGAGUAGAUAAUUUAUUUGAACCCCUAGUCUAUUGACUUGUUAUUCCAAUGUUGACUAAAAAUAAUGAAGCUUAGUAGAUUUAUGUAUAGAUAAAUAUGGAUGUUAAGCCUCACAUACAUGAAACCUUGCGACAGGUGUAGACUUACCAUAAACCAAUUAUAAAAUCAUGCUUUUAUUGACAUCCAAGGACCAAUGGUUAGUUUAUUAAUUUGUUAGGUCUACCCCUUCUAUGGUUUUUUAUUCACGACAAAGAUAUCUAAGAUUGUUUCUAAAUUAUUAUUUUUAAUAUUAGAGAUAUAUUUUUUUCAAUUGUUCAUUUAACUUGGAAUACAUUGAAUAGAUUUAUAGAGCU